CGGUUCUUACCUCAGAAAUUGCUCCUGUUCAAGUAACUCCUGAGCUCUCCAUCAGCUCUUCCACUGCCUCUCCCGUUAUUCCUUUCCUCGCAGACUUCGUGACUAGAGCUCUCGCCCAAAGUUCGCCAAGAGUGGGAAUCAAGGUCCCUAUUUUUGGUCUUCCUGUGAUUUCUUCUACUGGUUUGCCAGGGACUUUAUCUGUUGUUCUACUUGAAGAGUCAGCUGCUGAGCUAACAAGCUCCUUUCCUCCUGCUCCUACUAGGACAUAG